GAAUGAAGACAGCACAAUUUGCCAACAAGAAACCAAAAUCAACAUUGGUUUUGCAUCUUCGCCCUGAAAUAUUCAUUUUGAUGACCGAAUUGGAAUUAAUAUCGGUCAUAUUGAUUUGACGGAAACAAGUCAUGUUUACAGGCAUGCAAGGGUUCUUUGGUGGUCUUGGUGGUCAAGGCCAAGGGAGUGCUCCUCGGGCAGGAAAAUAUGACCAGUUUGGCCGACCAAUAGCUCCUCAAAGUAUGUCUUCUGAUCUUGGUGGCAUGACCAAUAUCAGGGGUGAUGAUCAAGCAAUGGGUAUUCGUGGCAGUCGAUAUGAUCAGUUUGGGCGACCACUUGCUCCAGGUUCAGGAACAGUAGAUUCAGGCCCAAAACGUACUUUGCUGCCUGCACCAGGCGUGGUGUACCCACGGCCAUUAAGAACGCAACCAUCUAACUCUCCGGGAGCAGCACGGGUGACCUCUGCCCCAGUUGGUCCAUCAAAAGAAGCCAUGAUUGAGCAUGCGUGCCGACCAAUUAUGAAAGUUGAUAAGACUAGUUCACAUUAUCCUUGGGCUGAAGAAGGGGGAAAAAAAACCUCCCAACUGAUGCCUCCUCCACUCAUGCCUGGCUUUGAUCCUCCUGGGCGAUCAAGAGGGGACCAGUCUGAUAGAGACCAAAGAAAUCGUCCUGCGGUGAGGCUUGAUCGCCCUGGGUUAGGGUUCGGUGAAGAUUAUGAUAGAGGUGAUCCUGGCAAGAGAAGAGAUAUAGUGAGUCGGUCUAAUGACCCCAGUAGGGCUAGAUCUCCUGACCGCAGGAGUUCUGAUCGAAAGGGAAGGGUGGAUGUCCGGUUUGAAGGGCGUGGACUCCGUGAUUUAUAUCAAGAUAAUGACUUUGGAAAGGGAAGAGACAAGUCAGAUGAUCGUAGAUCUGAUGAUCGCAGAUCUGACUCCAGGGAUGGUGGAAGGAGGAAGGAUGAUGAUCGCGGAAGAUCAAGUGAGAGGAGGGAUCGAGGUCGAGACCGAGAUAAUCGAGACCAGAAGUCUGGUUCCAGAUCUAGAGAUGAUACAGGAAGGUCUGGUGGUUCUUGGGAUGGAGACCGCAGAGAUUCUUCAGAAGAGGACAGGAGAAAGGAACGCUUGGAGCAACAGCGCAAUCGACAAGCACAGCGGUCAAAUAGCAUGCAGGAUAUUGGUCAAGUAGAUGACUUUGAUAGUGCCUGGCAAAAAGCCUCUACUGCAACAGCUCGCGAUCAGGAUCUAUUUGGAUCUACGCCAAGUUCAGCUCAGUCAGCCUGGUGGACCUCAUGCACUAUCUGUAAAACAAACUUUAGAUAUAAGGAGGAGUUCACAGCCCAUGUUGACGAGCCUCUUCACUAUAUCAACUUGGAAAAAGUUCGCAAGGAACACGCAAAGGAAAAGGCUGUGAAGAAAGUGGCAAAUGUAGCACAGACUGCCAGUGCUGUGGAAUCUAUCAUCUACCACUGCAAGAUUUGCAACAUCUCUCUCAAUGGUUGGGCCAAUUUCAAUCAGCAUGUCAGCUCUCAGAUUCAUCUCGUUCACUUCAUCAAGAAUGUGGGCCCCAAAGGUGAUCCAAAAGGCUUGGAAUACUUUGAAGUAUCUGAUAGAGAUGCCCCAGAGGCGGAUGGUCGAAAUCACAACAAUGCGGCGAGCCUUCUCACUGACUGGAGAAGAUGCAAGUGUUGUAACAUGGAGAUCCCUUCGUGGGAGGAUCCCCACAUGAAUUGUCCAAACCGAGGCAAAAUAAACAAAAUGGGUAUCCCAGAAGACCCGAUGGCUGACGACGCAAGUGGAGAGCCUCCUGAUGAUAGUCGUGAACGCAGCUGUGUUCUUCCUGAGGAACUGAAUGAAAAAAAGAAAGCCUUAGGACCAGCUAUCUUCUUGUUCAUUAGGGAAUCUCUAACCCGUUCAAAUUUCCCUGGUAUGACACAUGAGGUACCUGCAAUGGUUCCCUCUGAGGUGUCUACCUUAGCCGCUGAACUGAUCAGCAGUGCUCAGAAAUAUCCUAUGGUGGAGCCAGGAAACUUGAUUGUUGGGGCCGUUGUGAAUGGUGUGAAACUUUAUAUGACACGUAAGAAGAGGAAGGGAUGGAAAUGCUGGACUAGUGAUAUUCGUCAAGUGCAGGAUCGAUUGAGAGUACUGGUAACGUUUUGCGGUGGGCAAACAACAGAUCUUGAGGACAAGUUCAAGGCAAUGUUGGAGUUAGCAGAACCAGAGGGGGUUUCAAAGGAAGCUGCAGCACUUGAAUCAACCCAAGUGGAAAAGUCUAUUGACAUGUUUCGGAAUGAAGACAAUGACUUGAGGGCAACAGGUUCACCAACUCUCUUGAAGGAGCUAAAGAACUCUCUAACCAAACUCAUGAAUGGACACAUCCAAAGCACAUUCAGCAAAAUACCCUGUAGGGUGCCUCCUAAAGUCCCUAAGGCUGUAUUUACAGCAGCUGAGAACUUGAACGUUCAAGAUGUGAAGUUGGGACAAAAAUCGGGAAAUGCUGUCACUGCCGCCAUUAUUAAUGCACUGAAGUUAAAAGAAAAUUUCAAAAAGACGAUCCGAGGAAAACUGUCAGCGAACAAUGUCCAUGACAUGUUUGAUAGUCUUCAAAGAUUGGUGUCCAUGUUUGGAGGAGACAAGGAGCAUUUGAAAGCUGGUACAGACUUUUCAAGGUAUUUGGACUUGACACAUGAUGCACCCACCUCAGCUGACACAGGUUCCAGGAAAAUUGAGAAAGAAGUGCUGAAGGAACCUAACGCACACGACCCAUCCGACAAUCUUGUGAGUUUGAAGGCCAAACUUGUUGAUGCUGUGUCUGACUACAUACAGAGCAUCACGACCAAUGUGCCGGCUAGGAUUCCGCCUGCAGUUCCACCGAGGAUGCUUGGAGCAACGAGGGCCUUGCACUCGUAUAUUGUUCAGAAACAUCUCACGGCAGAUCACAGUAUUGUUUAUGCAGUACGUGAUGGAAUGGUGAAAGCCUUCAAACCACAUCUUCCACGGAACUUCACCGUUAGUCACGUAACCGACCUGAAAGAGAGUUUUGGAGCCAUGGUGACCAGAUUCGGAGAUGAAGCUGCGAAAUUGAAGCACAGAUUUGACAAGCUGUUGGAAUUAGCAAAGGACCCGAGUGAGCCUGAUGCAACGAUCCAACCUCCAGGCACCGAUUUGCCAUGGCUGUCUCGAAGUACUGGCAUGAGCAAUCCAGAUGCUUUCCAUGAGGAUAUGCCACUCAGACGGGACAGCACACCACAGCAAGAACUCCGCAGACCAGAGUUUGCCGAUAUACAGAAAACUCUGAAGAAAAUGCUUGUCGCAUAUUUCCGAGCUGUUGUAGCUGGUGGUGAUGACUAUGUCACGUCGGAAGAGACAAAGUUGGAGAUAUUCACGGCUGCUAAGGAGUUGGACUCUUAUGACGUUAGUUGCGCCGGUGCACCAGGCUCUGCUGUUGCCAUUGCUAUUCAGCGUGCGGCACGCACAACUUCCUUUAAGGCGGCGUCCAUAAUAUGUAUUCAGGGAAUAAAAGACAGCAUGGUUUCUCUUGUGGAAACUCUUGGUGGAACUUUCCCUGCAAGGCUAGCUGAAAGAUUUGAUGCUUGUCUUACAGUUGCCCGGAUACGUGAGACUGAAAGUCAAGCCGAUGGCAUGCAGCAAAGGACAGCGGACUCUAGGAGAGUGGUUGGCAUUGACAUAGCAACGUCAGACGGGAAAGAUUUGAGUGAUGUUGAAGCAGAAGCUGGUACAAGCAAAGCAGAUGAUACCGCUGAAAUGAAAGAGCCAGAUGUACUACCCAAUGAUGUUUUCAGGAAGAAAAUAGCUGUACGCGUCGCUGUCUUUCGAUAUUUAAAGGAUCAUCUCCAAGGUCUUGACAUCCCUGAGAAAUCUUCAAUGGUUCCCGAAAACGUUUACACGGCGGUGACAGUGCUGUAUUCAUCGGCUGUGGAGAAAAACAUCAACCCUGGACCUGUUGUAACUGGAGCGAUUGUGGCAGCUGUGGAGUUUGUUAUCAAGCGGUUGGCUAAUCAGAGUUGGAAGUUCACUGGAGCAGCUGUCCAGGAUGUGAAAGGGAGACUUGACAAUCUUGUGAGCAGUUUUGGUGGGGAUCCUAAUGACAUUGCCCCAGUUUAUGACAUGGUCAUGAAAUUUGCAAAGGACAAUGCUAGAGAAGCAACUCAGCCAACACGAGACCCUUCCAAAGAGGCAUCAAAAGGGAAGAAUGAACCAACACCAAGCAAAACUGGACAGAGGAGUCGGGAAAAGAUAAAUUUCUCUUUGAAGAAGGAGGAGGAAGAAGAGAAAAUAUGCACGGGACCAGAUGCAGCAUUCGAAGGCACCAAGAUCCUUCCUGUUAGCGUUGUGCAGAAGAAGACGGACUUUGGCAUUGGGGUAGAUAAAUUUUGCAAACAGCUACUACUCUCGAAGGACUACUCGACAGGCAUUGAUUCCAAUGUCCCGUUUGCUGUUAGUGGCUUUCUGAAGGAUCUUGGAGUAAAAUUGGUCGACUCUGCAAGGAAACGUGCCAGUGGGUGUGACGUUGGUGAUGUGAUCACGAGUGCCAUGGCCGCAGGCGUUAAUACAUUCUGUGAAGGGAGAAGUGAAAACUGGCGUUUUAACUCAUCUGCUGCUGUCUACGAUCUCAAGGCGCGGCUGAAGAACUUCUUGACUAUUCAUGACGGAUAUCCAGCCAAGUUGGAUGAAGUAUUCAGCAAACUGUUGGAUCUUACUGAGAACAAGGGGCUUGAUAUUUCCGAAAUAGAGGACCUUUCCUAUGAUGAAAUCGUGCAGCUGGAAGGGUUGUUGGGGUUGGGUGAUGAUUCAGACAUGGAGGGACUGACUGUUCCAGCUCCAGCUGACAGUUUGGCCAAUCCUGGCAAUUCUGGUCAGGACAUUGGCUUGCAGAAUGAAGGUUUCAGUCUUUCAUCUCAAGAACCUGCCCAGUAUGGGCCCAUUGCAGGUGGUGGUCUGACGAGCAACCUUGGGAGUGGGCCAACACUUGGUGCCAAGAUGCCAGAAGUACACAAACUGAAAAUGUCAGUUUUUACAUACCUAAGAAUUAAGUUGCUGAAUUUGGAAAAAAAGGCAAUUGUCCCCAAUAGAGCAGCAGAGGAACUUGCAAGUUUCUGCCUGAAGUUUGGCGCUGAUGUUGGCCUGACCAUCACAUCCAGUAUUGUUCAAGGCAUUAGACUAGUUACUGAUCGAGUCAAGGAAGGAUGGAAGAAAGAUAUUUCCCAGAUUCGAAGCGAGUUGAAACCUCAUUUUGCGUGCAUCACAGAGCUCGUGGGAAAGUUCAAUGGAAAUGGUUUUAAAGUGCGCGAACAGAUACGAUUUCUUCUUGACGAGAUUGACGGCAGUGCCAAAGCAAAGUGGUACAUCCGCAAAGUAGAGCGACUGCAGAAAAUCGCUUCACUUCCAGGUUUUCAGAAAUUGAAAAAUAAAGCAACAGAGCGCUAUAAACUACACUUACGAACACAACAGCACCUUGAUAAUACAAUUUCUGAUCUGUUGCGUGAAGUGAUUCAGGAAGAGACCGACUUCAUCAAGAAGCAAGCAGCAAAUGGGAAAGAGAAAAAUGUGGAGGACAUCGAAAGGAACCGCAAGGCAUUUUGGGAGACCCAGAUGCCUCUCAACCAUAUCAGACCUAGCCAGGGGCAGAUGGAUGAUGCUUAUUCUACCUUCUUGAAGGAAGCUGGAAUUGAUAAUGAUAACAGACAAGGUGACAGCAACAAUUCACAGAGCACUCCCCACUACAGGGAGCAAAGAGGAGGCUUACAACAGCAGAAAUCUGAACAAGGCCGACAACAGUCUGGAAGUUUCGAUGAUUAUUAUGAUAAUGACAAUUAUGGGUAUGACCCAAAUGGACGUCAAGAUAACCGAGGACCUGAUGGAGGCGGUGGGUAUGAUUAUAGCAAUCGUCAACAGACAAGUUCAUCGAGCCAACAGGGUGGCUCCAACAGGUUUGACCAAGCACAGGAGUCUCUUGCCAGGCCCUCUUCCUCAUCGUCAACUGGGGGUGGUUUGAGUAGCCAAGGCCAGAGUGUCCUAAACCUCUUUGACAAGUUCCUGAUGCAGACAGGUGGUGAAAAACUGUCUAAUUCGCAAUCGCAAGGUCAGGGCCAGGAUAAUCAGGCUUCCAAGUUGCUGGACACAAUACAGCAAAAACUAGAAAAUAUUGGAGAUGUAGAGGAUGAUAGCGCUAUCAACAUGAUCCUUGAUCGUGUCCUGGAUGAAUACAAGGCUCUGAAAAGUGGUGGAUCACAACCAGUAUCACAGGCACAGGCGCCUCCUUCUUCUGUUGCCAGCGCCAUGUCUGGCGGCCAGGUACAGUCAAGUCUACUACAAAUACCUGGUGGUACGAUGCAAGAUCCAGGCAUGCAGAUGCAACAGCAGUUACAGGAUAUGCAAAUGCAACAGCAACUGCAGCAGCUCCAAGGAAUGCAGAGUGGGCAAACUUCAAUGGUUCGGCCAUUCCUCGUGCCAACACCAACAUCUAUGUUGAUGCCACCGACGGUGAGCAGGAUGCAGCCUCCACCGAUGCGACUCAUGCAACCAGUGCAGUCGAAUAUGCAGCCACAGAUGAUGCCACCACAAACUGGCCCCAAUCAACAAGGGCAGAUGAACCUUAACCAGCAAGGAAACCAGAAUCGGAACCAGUCUAACAGGAAUCAACAGGGCCAAGGAAACCGGAACCAGGGCCAACCAAACAGAAAUCAACAAGGAAACCAGGCAAACCGGAAUCAGCAGGGGCAGCUCAACAGGAAUCAACAUGGGCAGUCGAGCAGGGAUGAGCCAGGGCGAGGCGAGCACCCAGGCAAGAUGAAGGCCCUUCUCGCUGCGAGCUUAGCAGCCACACUUGCAGGGAAAGACAAGAAACAAGGAAUGUCCGAGUCCACGCAAAAUAAAUUGUCUGCAGUUUUGCGUUCACUGAAUGAGAGGUUAGAGCCUGGUCAGAGGAAGCGUCCAUCCAGAUGGAGUUCAGAAGAUACAGGUCCCGAAAAGCAGCAGGACAGACAUGUAUCUCCUGAACGCAAGCGGCCAAGAGAUCGCUCACCAGAUCAAGGAAGAGGUGGUCCUAACAAUGGAGAUAGGAGACCAACACGCUUUAAUGAGAGACCAGAUGGGAAAAGGGAUCUUCAGGAAGCUGGCAGGGGCAACCAUGGAGGCCCUCCGAUGAACAUGCACCGAAAGGACGAGUGGAUGAAUGAGAUGAAGUCAAUGCAUGGGAAGCAGAUGGGAGGACCGAGGAUGCCUGGGGCUGGGGGCCCCAGGGGUGCGGGCCCCAUCAAGUCUCUCCUUCCCCAACCUAGAGGGGACAUGGCCCAGGGGCCCAGGAUGAAUAUGCCUGGUCCGGGAGGCCCUGGAAUGAGGGACAAUGGUGGUCCCAAUACCCCAAUAGACUUAAUUACUGCACUGUAUGGAGACAUCAUGAAUAUUCUGGCUCCAGGCAGUGUUAACACACCACAAGAAAUGAGCGUCGCCACAGAGAUGAUUGCAUCGUUGUCACAAGCCAUGGCUUGUGUCCUUAACAACAUCUACAGCCCGGAGAGCCAGGUGAAGAUCCAGCAGUCGGCCCAGAAAUUCAAGCUGGCAUUUGGCAACCAUCCGUUGGUGCAGGCGUUCUUCUCAGCCACGAGUGUUCCACCAGAUGUCAUCCAGUUGCUUGCCAAGCUUGACCCGAUGCUACAGAAACGGGUAGUGAUUGUGCUUCAACAGGCCAGGAAGGACAUCCAGCAGCAGGCGUUACAGAGUGCAGUCUUCUUGGAAAAGUUUAUGGUCAAUUCAAACCUACGCAUGUAGGACAUGUUGGAAGGUUACAGAGAGCUGUCCAUGGUCUGCUGAGAUAGUGUGUUGGUGUUGAAGUGAUGGUCUGCAUUUAAUGGCCAAAAUGGCCUAAUGUACAAAGCAUAUUUUUAGACAAACAGUGUACUUGAAUUUGUUAUUUGAUCGUAGUUUUAUUUUCGUGUCUUCUUAAUUUUAAUAUGGAACUAAUCAUCACGCAUUGUCUGAUCUUAAAGGGGGACUACUGUAGAACCGGUAUUGUUCAUGUACAAGCAUCUAUAUAAUUCUGCGAGUGAAAGGUUAUUCCAAAAACCCACAAACAGAAAAGGCACGUGAACACUACCAUGACUACCGGUUGUGCAGGAUACAUGUACUACUAAGUACCCAUUACUUGUUUUCGAUGUAAUGUGAGAUGGAAGAGACCCCAGUUGGCAAUUUCAUGUAACUAAAUCUGUUCGUCCUGGCUCCUGCCUAUAGACUUCCAUUAAAAACUGUUGUUUUCACAAUGAAUGCUUUUAGGAUGGUCUUUUCUUACAAUCAGUGUUGUAAAUUGCCUUAGCUCUUUGAAAUAAAGCUUUGUACUGUGCUGUAAAUGUAAAUGUUUACCCUUUACCCCAGUGCCAGGUCCACUGCUUUCACAAUGAAUGCUUUUAGGAUGGCCUUUUCUUACAAUCAGUGUUGUAAAUUGCCUUAGCUCUUUGAAAUAAAGCUUUGUACUGUGCUAAGCCUAAUGUUUACCCUUUACCCCAGUGCCAGGUCCACUGCGCCUCAAGUUGAUCAAAAUCUUAAUUGGUGAGCUAUUGACUUUGGCAUGUAAGGGUACGUGUGAAUGCAUAUUUUAACACCUUCAGCGCCGAACCAAGUAGAUCUACAUGGCCCAAAUCCCCACUCCCCUUUGAGCUGGUUAUCGGAGUCUCAUGGACUUCAUGAAAGAAAAGGUCUUUUCAGUUCCUACCUUGCCCUGAAGAUGGCGAUGGCGUAGUUCUUUCAUGAAGUCGUUUAAAGUUCUGAACUACGCCAUCGCCAUCUUCAGGGCAAGGUAGGAACUGAAAAGACCAAACCACUGAAUAUUAAGCGAAGUAAGCUGUUCCGGGGUGUGUGGAAAAGGGGGCCUUUUUGGUCAUUUUUCAACCAAAAAAUAAGAUAUAGUAAAGGAGUGUAGCAGACAUACUUCUAUUGAUUCAAGAAGACUUUGUCUUGGAGAAGUUACUGCAAAAGACCUUAUGCAGCCAUCUCUUAUAUUUUGCUUUCUUCUGGGGGUCAGAAAAGGGGUGUUGGGGGCUGAAACUAUUCAUCUGUUUCGAAAUCAGGGAAUUAUACCAUGCAGUUUCUUCUGCUUUUGGAACAGACAAGUUAAUUCUUCAACGUGCAGUUCAUUAGAGUAUAUCAUGAUUGUAUCAGUUAUGAAAAAAUAGUACAUGUUUGUAAACUUCCCUCUUUCCUUUAAUUAAAUCCCUUUCGAAAAAGAUCUCGGAUUCUCCAUAGUAAGAUUAAAAUCUGAUUUUACCUUGGCCCCAAAUCUGUCUUCUGAGAGACGUCUCCACCGUAAGCAUAGCAGCUCCAAGAAGACCAUUUUCAGAUUGAAAAACUUUGGGCAUGGCCACAUCCCUGUGACGCAUCCUCCGAUCAUGGGCACUUCCAGCACUGUUGACGGGGUAGAGGAGUGUUUGGA